CAAAAGGAAAAGAGAAGUUGGCUCUGGCGGAAGUGAGCAGGCGACGGGAAAUGUGGCGGACCUAGCGCGGGAUCAGCGGCUGUUUCUUCCUCCCCACGUUGUCGUUUCGGCUCCAGAGCAGAAUGCCGGCCCCCCGGAGCUCGGCCCUGACCCCCGCCGCCCUGCUGUGGCUCUCUGCGGCGGCCGUGACCGCCGUUUUCAGCCCGGGGACGGACAGCGAGCUCACCUUUCUACUUCCGGCCGGACACACCGAGUGCUUCUUCCAGAGCGCCUCGAAGAACGGAACCCUGGAGGUGGAGUACCAGGUCAUUGCUGGGGCCGGUAUGGACGUGGACUUCACCAUCGUCUCCCCUCAUGGCGUCCAGCUCAUCUCCGAGUUCCGUCGCUCUGACGGCGUCCACAUGGUGGAGCCCACCGAGGAGGGCGACUAUCAGCUCUGCUUCGAUAACAGCUUCAGCCGAUUCUCGGAGAAGAUGGUGUUCUUCGAGGUCAUCCUUGAGAGCGCAGCCAAUGACGCGGGAGCGGACGAUGAGUGGGCGGGGCUUGGAGAGCCCGAGAACCUGUUAGAGUACAAACUGGAAGAUAUCAGGGAGUCGAUGGACUCCGUUCACCGUCACCUGGAGCGCAGCCGGCAGAUGCAGACGGUUCUGCGGGCGUUCGAGGCUCGAGACCGGAACCUCCUGGAGGACAACCUGUGGCGGGUCUCCUUCUGGUCCUGUACCACUCUGGUGGUCAUGCUGGUGGUGGCCAUCACUCAGGUUUACACGGUGCGCCGUCUCUUCGACGACAAGAGGAGGGUCAGGUCCUGAGGCCACGCCCCCGUACCGCUUAUCAGAGCCAAUGGGAACUGAGUAUCGGACAGGAGCAGGCUUGGGAGGGUGCAGAGGAGAGGAGGAGCUUAGAUGAGUGUAGAAAAACCUCUUAUUUCCCAAUCAGGACGGUGACCAGCAGCGCGUUAACGCAGCGAGAUUCUAUUCCAGGCGGUUUUGGGUGAUUCGUGAGUCGGUUCUUAAUGAAAUGUUGAAACUGAAGAAACGAUGGUGACAGUAUAGCAGCUGUUCUAACAAAAUGCUGAUUUUUCAGAAGAAGGCAAAAAAUUGAAUGUGAAUGUUUGAAGUUUGGCAGCGUUUCUGUUGGUUCAUUCAUCAAGAAAUGUUCAUACAAUGUGAAGAACAGCUGGUGUUUACAAAUGGUGUUUGUGUAUAUAUAUAUAUAUAUAUAUAUAUAAAUAAAACGUUGUCAGAAGAAAACCUCGUAUCUCCAAAAUGGUAACUUUACAGGAGAAGCA